CCCAUCUAUUCCUAUGUUUUGUUUUUAUAAAUUUAAGCCCCAGAAGUAUUUGUUCACAUAAAUAUAAAAGAGAGGAAGACAUUUAUAGCAAUGUUGUUUAAUUUUCUUGAAAUUUGAUUGUAUGCCAAAAAUCGCCUCGUAACGUGUCAUCAAAAAUUAGUUUACUAAUUAGCUUACAACUUGCUUAGGUACUCCUUCAAUUUUAUUGAAAGCAAAGAAUUAGAAACCAUUUGACUUACCAAAGAGUCUAGUCAUUACUCAUUCACUUUCUCAUUUACUGAGAAAUAUAACAAAAAGGCUUUACCAAGUCUUAUCAGUUGGUUAUUGAUUAUACCUAUUUUUCUUUCACUUAGAGGUACUUUGUUUAAGCUAAUAUACUCAAAGUUGGUUGUGAAAAUCAAAAUACUGUUCCUUUCAAUACACCUUUGCCCAUACAGUAUUUUUGAUAAUAUAUUUAAAGCAUAUAGAAGUAUUUUUUUCAUCAAAACUAGAACUGUGACUGUAGCUUGUUUAAUAUAUGGAAAAUGUCUACCAUGUAACCUAAUUGGCAAAACCUGUCUUCAUUGUCAAAUGAAUCAGCCAAAUCAGACUCAGCUCUGUGUCAGAAAAAGUUUGACUUCGUUUUUCAAAUAUACGUAUUAAUAUACAUCCCCACGACUACCAUCUCACUUCUGAAUUCUGAGGGAGAGAGUUAAAGAGCAUGGACCCUUGUCAUGAGUUUUGUUGCCUGCACUAAAUACGGUGCAUUGCCUUCAUGUUUCUUACCCCUGUUCUCUGCGUUCUUGUGAAGUGUUCCUUCAAAGAGCUGUACGUUGUUUGAUUAGUUGAUGGUGGAAGAGUAAUGUCUUUGAGUGAAAAAUAUCACAACUCCUGCUGCCCACUCUCUGGUAUAUCUGAAUUCAAAGCAUCCCACUUCACAGGCCAAACUUUGGCCAAGUAAGUGCUCAAGGCUAUCAGGUCUGUGGAGAACUUUUGAGCAGAACAGCAGAAGAAACUAUAGCACACGGUGAACAUUUGGAGCAGCAUGUCACUGUGUGUAGUCUGGUACCACGGGAAUGAAGGCCAUGUGCGAUACUCCAAGAUCCCAAAAAUACUUUGAAUGCAGUUCUUUGAAAAUGGCCUAAUUUCUCUUGGUGUCUUUACAUGUAUCCUUCACCAGUCUUGUAAUGUCAGACACUUCCUCACCAUUCAGAACUCUGCUCCUAUGUCAUCUCCUCCAGAACCCUUUCCCUAAGUUCCUCCUCAGGCUGGACUAGGUGCUCAGCCUCUGCCAGAACAACUGCAGUGAACUGUAAUUAGUGUAUUUGUUGUUCUCCAUUAGACUAUGAGCAACUGAGAGCAAGACUAAGAGUCUAGCACUAUACCUGCUCCAUAUUUGGCCAUCAGCAAGCAUCUGUUGAAUGAAUGUUAAUGAUAUUGUAGAAGGAGCUCUGAAUUGGGAGUCAGAGCUAUAUAUUUUUAGGCUGAGAUCUUUUCAGAAGUGGAGUUGGUAGACAGUAGGCCCUGAUUUGCACUCCCAUGUUCAUUGCAGCAUUGUUCACAAUAGCCAAGAGGUGGAAGUAGCCUCAGUGUCAGCAGAUGAAUGGAUGAAGAAAAUGUGGUAUAUACAUACAAUGAAAUAUUAUUCAGUCUUAAAAAGGAAGGAAAUUCUGUCGUAUACUAAAUGAACCUUGGGGACAUUACGCAAAUGAAAAAUUCUGGAGAUCUGUUGUACAACCAUGUGCAUAUAGUUAACACUAUUGUACUGAACUCUUAAAAACGGUUACGUUGGUAAAUUUUAUGAUAUGGGUUUUGGCAACAAUUUUUUAAAAAAUUACAAAAAUUGUAAUUUUACAAACCACAUGCCCUGAAAAUUUUCUAGCAGUUUUAAGGGCUGCUUAAUAAAGGCAUAUCAGUGAAAUUGGAGAGACGAGAGUCACUUUUAAAAUCAAUCAAAGAAAGAUGUGAUAGAUUUUCUGCCUAAAUAUAAAACAUGGAAAAAAUUUAUAUGCAUAUAUGUCUAUUGCUAUAUAGUAUCUGAUUUGCUGUAUAGUUAUGAAUAAAUUCAGUUAAUCUAAACAAAAACAAAAAAAGACAGUAGGCCCUAUGUUUCAGGGAAGGAGGGUGCUACUAAUGAGGGGAAAGAAGAUAGUGCAAGAUUUGCAUGCAGAAGGGAUGAAGCUAGUUAUGGGUCAGGAGUCAAAAGCAGUGACAAUUUGGGCCUAAAGUAAUUGUGUGACUUUAGGCAUGGCAGUUCUCUCUCUCUGCUCCAACUUCCUCAUCUUGAGAAGGUGUUAAGGAAAAAAAAAUCUAAGAGACCAAAGAUUGUAAACUAAGUGGAAAAAUUUUACCUACAAGCAGAGAACCCAAUCUAGCACAGUCUAGGCUUUGAGGGGAGUGGGUCAGGGGAGGAAAAAUAGGGUGAUUCUUUUAAAGUCAGAGGACCACAAACUGUCUCUUCCCUUACUGGGAAAGCAAAGUCUCUCAGUGUUGCUGAUUCGCUGAUGAUAUUAGGACCUUUCCAUUAAGGAAGCCCUGGGCUGGCUAGAGGUGGUCUACUGUGUAAUGGGGCAGCCGUCUUGAGAGUCUGCCUUCAGUUGCUUCUGCUAUUUAUAUAUGAUGUGCCUGUCUUGGGAUCAUGGCAUGCAGUCAGGUCUGCUUUGGUGUAAGUAGCCUGGCUGGUCAGAUCAAAAGAAAAUUUUAAAAGGACCAGACUCUUUAAAUAUCUUAUCAUUUAGUCCUUGCAGCAGUCUUAUAUGGUAGAUAUUACUGUGUCCAAUUUUACAUAUAAGGAAAACUAAGACUCAUAAGUUAACCUGCCAAGGUUGCCAGCUCAGUGAUAGAACCAGAAUCCAAACCAAAGUCCAGUACCAAUGCUCCUUAUUUGUCCACUGUGUGUUUAGCUUCUGCAGAUAAGAUCAUACAUGGGAAAGAACUUUAUAAAAAUUAGAAGUUUAUUUAGAGAUAAAUUACUGGUUAAUAUGUUACUUAGUAUAGAACAGUGAUUUUCAGCCAAAGACACUCUCUGUGGCAGAGGGUCAAAUAUAUUAGAAUUACUUGGGGGCACUUUUUAAUUAUAUAUCUGCUUGCCUACUGAUGCCCUCUGUCCUUCACCUGUCCCCUGUCUUUUAUCCCUUAUUGCUGCUAAAAUGAGUCUCUGUUAUUAAUGGGAGUAUGUCAUAUCCCUUAGUUAUGUGGGGAUAGGUUAAACGUUUGGUCUCAGUUCUUCACUCUUAAGGUCAUAUUAUAAACCCACACCCUUGCCAUAGCUUCAUAGCAAGCAGAGUAUACUUCCCCAACCCCUGGUUUGGGGCUUGGACAUAUGACUUGCUUUGACAAAUCAGAUGUUAAUGAGAGAGAUAAAAGGAUAUAUUGUAAUUAUGGAAAAAGAAUUUUAAAAAAUUCAGAAAGCAAAAAAUGGAAAUAUUUUUAAAAUAUGAAAUAUGUGUGUGAACUGUACAUAUGAAAUAUGAAUAAUUUUCCCAAAAAGUAAAGGAAAAAGAUGAAAUGGAUGGAAAAUAGGAGAGGAAAUUAGAGGACCAGUGUAGGAGAUCCAACAUCUGAAUAAUAGAAAUUAUAGGAAGAGAGAAAACAGGAUAGGAAAUGAUUAAUAAUUUGAGAACUGAAGGGCAUGAGUUGCUAGAUUAAAAGGGCACACUGUGUGCCUAGCACUGAAGAAGGAAAUAGACCCACACCAAUCAUAAAAUUUCUGAACACUGGGUUUAAAGAAAAGAUUCUACAAGCUUCCAGGAUGGGGAGGGUACUAGGUCUCGUAUCAAGAAUCAGAAUUGGUUUGCAUUUCAUGGCUGCAACAUAGGAAGCAAGAAGACCAUAGUACAAUGCCUUCACAAUUCUGAAGGAAAAUGAUUACUAACCUAGAAUUCUAUACCUAGGCAAAGUAUACAAGAAUAAGUAUAGAAUAAUCAUUUUCAGAGAUUAAAGAUUUAAAAAAUUUAACUGUCACAUACCCUUUCUCAGGAAGCUACUGCAAGAUGUACUCCACCAAAUUGAAAGAAUAAAUCAAGAAAGAGUAAGACAUGAGAUACAGAAAACAGGAGACCCAACAGAGAAAAAAAUAACAACGAAUCCCUUGGUGAAAUGAUGAUGAAAAGCGAUCCCCAGAUGGCAGCUCUGCACCAGACCUGGAGGGCAGCUGAGCCACACUGCAGCAGUGGGACCCAAGAGAUGGACUGUCAUCACUAAGACCCCACUUCCAUCGGGCCAUCUUCUUACCCCGAGGACGGAAGGCCCAGGAGAGCUUGGCCCAGAGUCUCAUCAGCCCUUGGCUUGUCUUGGCCAUGGCUGAGGAGGGUCUCUCCCUCGUGCUCUGCUGAGGGCACGCACAUCACUCGCAGAAGUUCUCAGCUUUUCCCUGAGGGCUGCAGGGAGGCCACGGUGGGCUCAGAAGCGGAAAGUGCAGAGCAGCCCGCUCCCUCUGACUGCACUGCUGCUGCGUGUCCAGUGCCUGGUGUGCACCUCCGUCUUGCCGGGCGCCUGACUGCAGAGAGCCCUGUGUUUCCCAAGACUCGCUCGUGACCUUGCUCACGACCUCCCCAGAAGGGGCCUUGUCAACUCCCAGAGAAGCAGAAGGCAGACCAUGACCAGGAGACUGUUCCGCUCACCUCCACCUGGAGCCUCCGUCCCCCGGGGGCAGUGCUGCCCUCUCCUUGCAAGGCUGCAUCUCCACGAUACAGUGAAGAGAAAUCUCGAUAGCGCCACUUCCCCUCAGAAUGGCGAUCAACAGAAUGGCUAUGGAGAUCUCUUUCCUGGGCACAAGAAGACCCGCCGGGAGACCCCUCUGGGAGUAGCUGUCUCUUCUAAUGGCCUGCCUCCGGCCUCCCCUCUUGGUCAGCCUGACAAGCCUGGUACAGAGGCCCUCCAGGCCAGCGGGAAGCACUCACUGGGACUGGACUCCAUCAACAAGAAGUGUCUAGCAGACUCAAGCCUCCACCUGAACGGAGGCAGCAACCCCGGAGACUCCUUUCCUCUGAGCCUGAAUAAAGAACUGAAGCAGGAGCCAGUCGAUGACCUGCCUUGCAUGAUCGCAGGGGCCGGAGGCUCCAUAUCUCAAAGCAACCUCAUGCCUGAUCUCAACCUUAACGAGCAGGAGUGGAAGGAGCUCAUUGAGGAGCUGAACAGGUCAGUGCCCGAUGAAGACAUGAAGGAUCUGUUUAAUGAGGACUUUGAAGAAAAGAAGGACCCAGAGUCUUCUGGUUCUGCCACACAGACCCCGUUGGCACAGGACAUUAAUAUUAAGACAGAAUUCUCUCCAGCAGCCUUUGAGCAAGAACAGUUAGGCUCUCCACAAGGGAGGGCUGGGUCUGCAGGACAGACCUUUAUGGGGCCUUCGUCUGGCCCUGUGAGCACAGAUUCACCCAGCCUAGGGGCCUCUCAGCCUCUUUUCCACGCCUCUGGUCAGCCCGGGCCAGACAAUCCCAGUCCUAACCUAAUGCCAGCAUCAGCCCAGGCCCAGAAUGCGCAAAGAGCCCUCUCCAGUGUGGUAUUACCUAGCCAGGGCCCAGGAGGGGCCUCAGAGCUAUCCUCUGCCCACCAGCUCCAGCAGAUCGCUGCCAAGCAGAAGCGUGAGCAGAUGAUCCAGAACCCACAGCAGGCUGCCCCAGCAGCAGCCCCAGGCCAGAUGUCCACGUGGCAGCAGACAGGCCCCUCCCACAGUCCCUUAAAUGUCCCUUAUCCUAUGGAGAAGCCUGCCAGCCCUCCUGGCUAUAAGCAAGACUUCACCAACUCCAAACUGCUCAUGAUGCCCAGUGUGAACAAGAGCUCCCCUCGGCCCGGAGGCCCCUACCUCCAGCCCAGCCAUGUGAACCUGCUGAGUCACCAGCCACCAAGUAACUUGAAUCAGAACGCUGUGACUAAUCAAGGCUCAGUGCUGGAUUAUGGCAAUACCAAACCCCUUUCUCAUUACAAAGCAGACUGUGGGCAAAGUGGCCCUGGGUCUGGCCAGAGCAAGACGGCCCUGAUGGCUUAUCUUCCCCAGCAGCUGCCCCAUCUGAGCAGCGAGCAGAACUCCUUGUUUUUGAUGAAACCAAAGCCGCCGGGAAACAUGCCCUUCCGAUCACUGGUUCCGCCUAGCCAGGAGCAGAACCCUCCCAAUGUCCCUGUGCCAGCCCAGGCUGCCAGCGGUGGGGCGCAGCCGCCCACUGCGUCUGUGGCCAGUACUCACAGCAGCACCCCCUAUCUCAGUAGCCAGCAGCAGGCAGCUGUAAUGAAGCAGCAUCAAAUGCUUUUGGACCAGCAGAAACAGAGGGAGCAGCAACAAAAGCAUUUGCAGCAACAGCAGUUCUUGCAAAGGCAGCAGCACCUUCUGGCAGAACAGGAGAAGCAGCAGUUCCAGCGCCAUCUGACCCGCCCACCACCCCAGUACCAAGACCCGACACAGAGCACCUUCCCACAACAGGUUGGACAGUUCACAGGGUCCUCUGCUGCCAUGCCUGGCAUGAACAACUUGGGUCCAUCUAAUUCCACCUGUCCUCGAGUGUUCCCUUCAGCCGGGAAUCUGAUGCCAAUGGGCCCUGGGCACACUUCAGUUUCCUCUGUCCCCUCGAACUCAGGCCAGCAGGACCGAGGUGUGGCUCAGUUCGCUGGCUCCCAAAGCAUGCCACAGAGCAGCCUCUAUGGCAUGGCCUCUGGCAUAACCCAGAUAGUUGCCCAGCCCCCGCCACAGGUCACCAACGGACAUGCCCACAUUCCACGGCAGGCCAGCGUGGGCCAGAACACCUCAGUUUCAGCUGCCUAUGGGCAGAACUCUCUGGGGAGCUCUGGCCUCUCCCAACAGCACAAUAAGGGAACCCUGAACUCUGGUUUAACUAAGCCACAGGUCCCAAGGGUGUCAGCGGCCAUGGGAGGCCAGAAUCCCUCAUGGCAACAUCAAGGAAUGGCAAACCUGAGUGGCCAGACCCCAGGGAACAACACUGUAAGCCCCUUCACUGCAGCCUCCAGUUUCCACCUGCAGCAGGCCCACCUGAAAAUGUCCAGCGCGCAAUUCUCCCAGGCGAUGCCCAGCAGGCCCAUGGCCCCCAUGAGCUCGGCAGCUGCAGCGGGAUCCAUGCUGCCCCCUGUGAGCGCACAGCAGAGGACCAGUGCCCCUGCCCCAGCACCUCCCCAGGGAGCUCCGCAGCAGGGCUUGCCAGGCCUGAGCCCAGCAGGGCCUGAGCUGGGAGCCUUCAGCCAGAGCUCCGCUCCACCGAUGGGCGGCCGGGCAGGGCUGCACUGCACCCAGGCCUACCCCGUGCGGACCGCGGGCCAGGAGCUGCCCUUUGCCUACAGUGGGCAGCCAGGCAGCAGCGGGCUGGCCAGCAUGGCUGGAGAUGCCGACCUGAUCGACUCCCUGCUGAAGAACAGGACUUCGGAAGAGUGGAUGAAUGAUUUGGAUGACCUUUUAGGGCCUCAGUAACAGCAGAAUUUGUGGUGUUUUCAGUGUUUAUACAUCCUGUAUUUUUGUUCUCAGAUUCAAGAAAGAGCAAGUACUUUGGACCAAAAGCACAGGGCCCAGGGAGCUGGACGGGUAGAGCCAGAGCCCUGAGGCUGAGGCCCGGCCCUUGCCAGGACCUGCGGGGCCCGAGGCUCUGAGCCAGCAGUUGUGGUCUGUUGGGCUGGCCCCAGCCCCUCUGCUGGCAUCAGUACCUGGUAUUGGGACAGCAGGACAGGGUUCUACAGGUGGUUUUCUAUCCAAGUGACCAAAACCAACAGUAACGACAGUGAAGCCCCACGAUGUCAGGCUUGUAAAAGUCUGCUGUCAUGUUGAUCAGUCCAAGGUUUCUCCACGUGCCCUAGUGUUGGGGACAGGUUCUGUUGAAACUUUAUAUAGCAGAACUAUUUGCAAAUUGUAGCAUAGAAAAAAAUUUUUUUAAAAAGGUUUUAAAACAGAUUAGGAUAGGUGGUGGUUUAAAUUGAUCAAGUGGCAUUGGGAACCUAGGGUUUCCUUUUGAUUAAGAGCCUUUUUUAUUCGUGCUCUUUGUCAGCUUUCAGGGGAAAAUGAGGGUCACUGGAAAAUCAUUUGUGUAAGUGCAGGCUGUGACUGCAUGUGCCAAAAAGGAACAGGAUGCCGUGAGAUAGCAGAGCGAGUGACAGAUCUUUCCAGCAGCUCCUCCUCCUUCUAGAACGCUCUUCUUCCAGGUUGGCAUUUACCAGGACCUGCCAAGGACCUCCCCAGGGCGUUGGUAGUGGGAUCCUAGGCAACCCCCAGGCUAAAUGCUGAAAUGGCAUAUUUGGGAUUCCUAUGUGUUCUUUUGUUUGUAACUUCCCGCCAUUUGCAGUUUCUCUGAAAACUUACAUUUAACAUGUUAGGAAGGUGGUCAUUGUUGAGUUGCGCACAGAUGUCUUUCCUUCACCCCAUCAUCAGUUCCCAUGUCCUUUCUUCCUGCCUCUCCUCCUUUCUCCAGCCCAAAUGGAAAACCUCUAAAGCAAAGAUUUACUAGAUUGGAGGGGAAAAGAGAGAGUCAGUGAAAUUCCUAGGGGGCCCUGGCAUUGUAGGGAAGAAGGUAUCCCAUCCCCAGAAAGGAAAGGUUUGGGGGAGGGAGAAAAGAGGUGGCCCCAUUUGCAGGGAGUCUGCAGGCCUGGUCAGAGAACAGCCUUCCGCUCUGCUGUACUACUCCUUCCACUCCCAUACCAUAUGACUUGCACUUUUUAAAGAGAAUUGCUUUAUAACACUAAUACAUCUUUUAUAAAGAUUCAAAUGGAUUUCUCUCUCAAUUAGUGGAGUUGACUAAGCUGAGAGUCCACAAAGCAGGCGAUUACCUGUGGGCUAUUUGUGGAAAGCAAAGACGGAGAGAGCACUUCGGUAUAAUAAAAGCAAAAUGGUAGCUCAGGGUGAGACCCUUUUAAACAGUGUUGGAGAGAAGAUAGUACACUGAAUAGAGUGGCUUAUAUGCAGAGUGGUCUCGGAGAAACCACAACCCCGCUUUGUUUUCCCUGGAGCCUCAAAAUGGAUAAUUCAAGGAGUAUCGUAUGUAAAGAAUUGAGCCAAGGAACAUAUUCACACAGCCAGCCUGAAUGGCUUUGAGGGGGUGAAGGAUUGUACACACUUCGGUAAUUAUUUUGCACCAGUAGUGCCUUUCAUGGGGGUACUUAGGCCCUCAGAUCCUCUUCUCUAAUAGCCAUUUGCCACCACAGGUGGUGUUUGGGCCAUUUCCCCUUUAAAUACCCUCCCUGCCUUGCCCAAAUGCUGAGUUUAGCUCUCAAAGAAGGGAAUGAAUCAUUAAGCCAGUGAAGACUCCACCCUCUGAGUGAGUUCCCCAAUCUGAAGGGGAAGGAGGGUGACUUCAGUAGGUUUUCUACCAAAAAUAGUGGGCUGAAGGCUGGUGAUGGGCACUUCCUCCUCUCCUGGUCUCCCUCUGGCUGCUGCUCACCUCUGUCCUGGGGUGCUGUGCCUCCCAUCCCAGGGAGGACUGCCCUUGCCUUAGUCCUGAGGCUGCCUAGACAGCAGGCUGCUCACUUGCUGCAGUGUCAGAGCAAUAAAAUGUGACGCCUGGGGUCCCCCCAGGGAGCUGCCCGUGGCUUUAUUCGCGAGUCUGGUUUUUGCGUGGGCAAGGGAGGAGGUGACUCGGCUUCAGCGCAGAUCCCCAUCUUCCAGGAACCAUGACUCAAAAGGGUGCUCGGACUUUUGUUAUACACAUUCGCUUUGUGUAAAUAAAUGUUUACAAUUUUCUAUUAAAGAUGGAAUAAGCGUUAGAGCUUCUGACUGUAUAUUUUUUACUUUUAUAGAUUUUAAAACUAUGAUCCUUUAUAUAUGUGUUUUGGGGGAGCUAUGAUAAGUUUUAUGGCAAACAGUUGGUAUUGUUAACUUUUUAUUGUCAUCAGAAUACAUAAAAAUCCUAUUAAUCCCCUUAUUCUUCUACUUCCCCUAACUCUGGUAUACACCAAAAAGAAAUCUUUACUUUCCUUGUUUUAUCAUCAUAAAAUAAUAAAAAUAUUUUGCUAGUA